UCGCGGGGGUUUUAUCACCGCCAAUUGUGCAUCAUAAGCCUGGUCUACGAGACUUCAAACACUCGACAACUCUCUUCAUUUGAUUCUCGGGGUCGGUCGCUGACUUCCUCAAGUCAUAACCAUUAUGAUAUGGCCUUUCACUUCCGCCUCCAAGAAAGAUGAUGAGUCUUCGAGGCAGUCAGUCGCUUGGGAUGAAAGUUUAAAUGGAACCGACUGGCAACACUAUAAAGAUCCGAGAAAUUGGGUCCCGACUUUGCUUGUGACAACAACCGUCCUCGCGUCCUUAAAGAUCUACCGCUCGUACCUACGCCGAAUACCUGGAGCCACACACAUAAAACCGGGAUUUUUUAGGAAGAGAAGUCUAUUCGGCCGGGUUACAAGCGUUGGAGAUGGAGACAACUUCCACAUGUACCACACACCCGGCGGCCGUCUAGCCGGUUGGGGUUGGCUACGGAGAGUGCCUACUAAGAAGACCGAGUUAAAGAACAUGACCAUCCCCGUACGCAUUGCUGGUAUUGACGCACCAGAAGGCGCUCACUUUGGACGACCCGCUCAACCGUACUCGACCGAUGCUCUGGCCUGGCUAUCUAGUUAUAUACUUGGUCGCCGGGUCCGGGCCAAAAUCUACAAGCGUGAUCAGUAUGAUCGUGUCGUCGCCACCGUAUUUGUGAGACGGUUCCUCCUCCGCCGGGACGUUGGGUUGGAAAUGCUGAAGCGAGGUCUGGCUACGACUUAUGAGGCCAAGAGCGGCGCCGAAUUUGGUGGCCUCGAGGAGAAGUACAAGGCCGCUGAGGUGAAGGCGAAGGAGAAAAAGCGAGGAAUGUGGGGUGGCGAGCCGCAGUUCUUCGAAAGCCCUCGAGAUUAUAAGACUCGAAUGAACUCGGAAGAGUCCAAAACCAAUAACGCCAAAUGAUGAGAGAUGAACGAAUCAUGACUCGGUUAUACCUAGGUAUUUUGUAUUUGCGAAUGGCUGUGCGGUGUAUUAAUGCGAUGAGAGUCGAGUCCGCUCUAACUCUAUCCUAUGAUACACAUUUGAGACUUGGGCAAAUUUUGCCAUGUGCCUACAUACCUGGGUAUGUAUAAGGAACGAUAUUGGUCUGGUAAUAAGGCUAAGCUAUCUAUUUGUCUAGUUUCUUAAUAGGAAACGUAUUGCGAGCAUUGGCGAUCAACCAAACCUAUCAAUCCGAUUUAACCCUUCGACCCAUGCACGGAUCAUCAAGUUGCUCUUCCCCAGAACCUCCCGCAACUAGUACCCGUGUCCAUGUUUACUUACCUAACUUGUGGAAUUGUUUAUAUAGAUUCACCAAGUGGAUAUACUGGAUCGUGGGUCGCCCGAUGAGAACUCAGACAUACCUCCAUAUGAUUACGUAGCCCGGGGUUUUCUUCGAGGCGGUGUUCCUCCUUCCCCCACCCUUUGUGACGGGUAUGGAUGGAACAUAACCUUAUAGAUCUCACAGAAGGUACUGUAUUGUUGAAUCUAUUAUUGUUCUAACCUGCAAUCUUUAUUCUUCUUGUUACGUUGCUGUUCCUUGCUUAAAAUUUUGGUACGCAUAAUCAGUAAUGACCAUAGAGAGUCGGACUCGGGAAUAUCAAAUAACCGUGGGUUACAUAUUGAAGAAGUCGUUCAGUUAUACGGG